GAUGGAAAUCUAUUUGGUGACCCAAAUCAUGUGGAGCCAGCCUUAAAUAGUAGGAUUUGGUUGCUGCUGCUCACUGCUCAAGCAAAGAAGGAUAAAAUUUGUUGCCAGAAAAAGGAGUAGAUAAGGAUAAGGAUCAGGAAGUGAGCUUGAAUGGAGGAAGCAAAAGCACCGGUGGAAUUUGGAAGACAUGAGUAUGAUUACGAGGGGCCAAGUCGGUUUUGCUUUUGUGGUUUGAAGGCUCCAAGGAUCAUGUCUUGGAGCGAAAAGAAUCUUGGUCGAAGGUUUUUUGGAUGCUCAAUCUAUGAUCCCAUGAAUAAAAAGCAACAGUGUAAGUAUUUUGUGUGGUAUGAUCAAGAUUUCUCUUUUAGGGCUAAGGAGGUUAUCUCGUGGCUGCACAACAAUAAGACAGAAUUGAAAACUGAUUUGGAUGAUGUAAGGGAAAGGAUCAAAGCUCUUAGAAAUGUUUUGAAGCGUUAUGAAGAAAAAGGAGAGCAACAGAUUGAGGCAUUGGAGAAGAAAGUUAAUGAUUUGCAGAUGUUGGCAACAAUGACAGUGGUGUAUGCUGCGAAGCUAGAGAAAUGGAAGAAAUGUGGUCAAAUAUCUUUGGUUGUGGUUGUUUUCCUUGCUAUUCUACUUGCUUUUUUCUUGUUUAGGAGUUGGGUUCUACUUGUUGAUGGGAAUAGGGGUUUUAAAAGGCUUGGAAAUUAAGAAACUAGGCAAAUGGGGAUAGUUUUGUUUUUUGGGCAUUAUCUGUUGUUUGGUGGGCAAUGUGGUUGUCUUGAAUGGUAGUGUUGAAGGUUUGUAGAUACUGCCCCCAAUAAUUCUAAUAUGGGGCCUCAUUUCUCCCCAAGCUUUGUAAUUUAUUUUGGAUAUAAUGAAUAUAAAUUAACUUC